UUUAUUUUUCCAGAUUACUAAUCGUCGAAUCUAAGUUCGUUCCCACACCCAUAGCUAGAAGAUAAAGAGAAGAACUCAUCGAUUUUAUAGCGCUCCAAUUUCCUCUGCUGCUCUUCGCAUGGCCCGAAUUCUCUCUCUUUCCCAAUCUUUUAUCUCCUCCAAGUUCCAAUCUGCACCUUUGAAAUUAUCGCUGUUGAUUCCGUCUUCCUUUGCCCUCGGUCAUCGGAACCGCUCUACACGUUCCGGCAAGGUCAAAUUCAUCGAAAUUGACCUCGAAUCGUCCUCUUUCGCGGCUGAUUCAGAGGUUCUUGCUAUUAGGAAGCUCGACGACUUUGUACAGAGGAUUAUUGUUGAGCGAUCUACUCCUAAUUGGCUUCCGUUUGUGCCCGGUUCGUCAUUUUGGGUUCCUCCACGCCGUAACAAACCACGUAGGGUGGUCGACCUAUUCGAUAAAUUGGUUGAACCGAUCGCCAAAGAGGAUUCCCCUUCCCUUGCCAACGCCCGUGGUUGGCCCUGCUUAGAUUUUUUCGCCAAAGAGUCUGGCUCUGGAGCAACUCGAUUGGCUCCAGUAGAUACUGAGUUGGAAACUUCAAAUGAGGUGGAGUUGGAGAUUGAGGUGAAGACACCAACAAGUACAGAUAACUCAAACCAGCCUGAGGAUUGAGAAAGUAGAACCUCAUACCUCAUCCACUAAUGCACUUGGGAUCGUUAGAUGGUUGUCGGAGAUUUUCGAGACCGAAUGGAAUGGAAAGUGAUGGUGAAGAGAGGUCGGAGAGAAAUGGGAUGCUCUACAGAUGGUUCCAGUUUGACUGCUGUGGUAUUCACUUCCAUUUGCUUCGUCUAAACUGCCCUGUCUAUUUAAAGCCCACUCUGCACCCCCUCCCCAGACUGAUAGUUAUUUAUGCUUCGUUGUUUUUGGACUGAUUACUUUAGGAUCUUCAAAUUCACCAGCUUGUUAUUUAAAUGAGGUGAAUUAUCAACCCGUCCUAUCAAAUCUAUAUACAGCUACAAUAAGAACUCUUCCUUAUAUAUGUAUAAAGUAACUGACAAAUUGUUUUCCAUUUCAAGUGCUUGAGAAUAAAUCUAAGUUCGUAGUUGCAAUAUUUUCUA